AUGCCGCUCAGUAGGGUGGCGGCGGACGACGGCUCCGGCGCCGGCGUGGGCGCAGGGAGGCCGCGACUCUUCGCCGUGCCCAGGCUGCUGGUCGGGCUCGGGGCGCCCAAGUACGGCGCCGCGCCGCCGGACUGUGACCCGGCACCCGCGCUCGCCAUGCUCAGGUGCCGUGCUCGGCAGUUCGUCCUCUUGGUCGUGCUUAGGUGUCGUGCUGGUGUGCUCGCCGUGCUCGGUAGUUCGUCCUUCCAGCGCACCGCAGCUCCCGGACGCGCCUGCGCCUGUGCCCGUGUCGGACGACGGCCGCCUGGCUUCCCGGCCAGCGGCGACCCGCCCACGCCGCCGCUGCCUGGGAGCUCCAUCGCGGACGAGGACUUCAUGAUACUGCAGAGGCGCGCCCCGCUCGUUGAGGUCCCUCCUCCCGCCGUCCACCAGGCCCAGCCGACCGAGGGGGCCACCGCAGUCGUGCCCAAGAACGCGACCAAGCCCAAGAAGUCCCGCAAGCACGAGCGGGAGGAAGGCGCCGAUGCCGAUGUCGAUGCCAGCCCCGACGCAGUGGACACCGUCGGCGAGCCCAAGAAGAGGAAGAAAAAGAAGAAGCUUUCUGACCUGGACGGCGCCGGCAAGGCCGCCGCAGUGGUUCAGGACCCCAACGGGCUUGACCUGACGCAGUCGCCCAAGAAGAAGAAGCCGGCUGCACUGAGGCCUGGCGCAGGCAAUAAUGACCCCACCAAAGCCGGCGUGAAGCGCGGGCCAUUGGACCGCCAGGGGGAGCUGACCGUGAAGAAGAAAGCCAAGCUCGAGAAGAUCAAGACACUGCCUAGUGAGAAGAAGGCCGCCGGUCUGGAGCAGAAAGACACAGCGGCGGCGCAGCAGCAGGCAGCACGGGCUGCAGGCGGCAAGGACAGCAAGGCCGAGAUGGGUGGUGGUGCGGCGGCCAAGAAGAAGGAGCCGGCGCCGGCACCCAGGGUCCGUACCCCGUCGCCGACGGCGCUGAUGAUGAAGUUCCCGCUGAAGAGCACGCUGCCGUCGGUGGCGUCGCUCAAGGCACGGUUCGCGCGGUUCGGCCCGCUGGACGUGGACGGCUUCCGCGUGUACUGGAAGUCCCACAUGUGCCGCGUCAUCUACAGGUUCAAGGCCGACGCGGAGGCCGCACUCAGGUACGCCGAGGCCAACGCCAUGUUCGGGCAGGUGGACACGCAGUACCACCUCCGCGAGGUCGAGUCAAGGGCCGGCCGCGACCCGCCACUGGCGGCGCCGGAGGCGCCGGAAGCGCCGCCCCCGCAGCAGCCGCAGCGCUCCGAGCUGCGGCUCAUGGAGACGGCAUCGUUCAGGCCCGGAAGCUCCGGGAACGACGCCCCGCUGCCCAUGUCCAGGGCCGCCGGGGCCGUGCCGGCGCAUCCGGCCGUGGGGCAGCAGGAGCAGCCCAAGUCGAUCCUAAAGAAGAGCACCGAUGAAGGAAACUCUGGGACCACAAGGGAGCCUCUGCAGCCGCCCAUGCGCCCAGCGCUGCAGCAGCAGCAGCAGGCUCCACGCGCCGCCGUCACGCAGCAGCUCCCGCCCUCGCCGCCUCUGUCGCUGCAGCAACAUCUCCCGUACCACCAGCCUCGCGUCGCCGACGGGCAUCCACUGGUGUCUCCCCAAGGUCAGCUGCUGGCAUACCCGCCACCUCGCGUGCACGGCGAGGGCCCCUGCGCGCUCCCUGGGCAACCGUUGCCGCCGCUGCCAUACCAGCCUCGCCCCACCGGCUUCCCUGGUGGACAGCAGCAGCAGCAGGUGGGGUACCCGCCUCGCUCCGGUGACAGCCCGCUGCUCCUCGCCGGACAGCAGCAGCAGCAGCUCCCACCUCGCCCCAGCAAUGCGAACGCCGCCGAGGAGGUCCCGGCGUGGAAGAGGGGGGAGAAGGAGUUCAAGGAGGAGGUGUGGAGGCUGAUGACGGGCAAGUGGAAAAUUCUGCCCCUGACGCCUGGACACAGGGGGGCAAAAGGGUCGUUCUAUCCUUCCGUUACCGGCUGUCAUGCUCUAAACUGA